AUGUCGUCCUCCUACGGCAAAGUCGACGAGCGUGAGCACGUAAUCCUCGAAGCUCGUCGUAAGUCGAGGAAGAGAAUCACAAUCAUCGCCAUAUCUCUAGUCGUCCUCGCUGGGAUCGUGAUCGGAGCAGUGUUCGGAACCAUGGCUCACAAGAAGUCAACGACGGUGGAGACUAACGUUAACGAAGACUCACCAAUCUCCGUUUCCGUUAAAGCCGUUUGCGACGUUACAUUACACAAAGACAAAUGUUUCGAAACCGUCGGGUCAGCUCCAAACGCAAGCAGUCUAAAUCCCGAACAGCUCUUCAUAUACGCAGUCAAACUCACAAUCGCCGAAGCCUCAAAAGCUCUUGACGCAUUCUCUUCCUCCGGCGACAGCAAGAGGAUGAGUGCAUGCGUCGAGCUUCUCGAACUAACGAUAGACAACCUCAACGACACGUUGACGUCAUCAUCACACGGCCACGUCACGAUGCCUGAGCUAGUCGAAGACCUCCGUACAUGGCUGAGCUCAGCCGAGACGUACCAAGAGACGUGCGUGGAGUCACUGGCUGAAUAUAACGAUCCAGAGCUGAAGACGUACGGAGAAAGUCAUCUCAAGAACGCAACGGAGAUGACGAGUAACGCUUUAGCGAUCAUCACGUGGCUCGGAAAGAUCGCUGACUCUUUCAAACUCCGGAGGCGUCUUCUUAGUGCUGACGUGUCCGUGGACUUCCACGUGGGAAGGAGAUUGCUCCAGAGCACGGAUUUGAGGAAAGUGGCGAAUAUUGUGGUGGCGAAGGAUGGUUCGGGGAAGUAUAAAACGAUAAGGAGGGCUUUACAAGAUGUGCCUGAGAAGAGUAGCAAGAGAACUAUUAUAUAUGUCAAGAAAGGAGUUUAUUUUGAGAAUGUGAAGGUUGAGAAGAAAAUGUGGAACGUUGUUGUGGUUGGAGAUGGUGAGAGUAAGACUAUUGUCUCCGGUAGACUCAAUGUCAUCGAUGGAACUCCCACUUUUAAGACCGCCACAUUCGCUGUUUUUGGAAAAGGGUUUAUGGCAAGAGACAUGGGCUUCAUCAACACAGCCGGUCCAUCGAAACACCAAGCCGUGGCUCUAAUGGUAAGUGCUGAUCUGGCAGCCUUUUACCGUUGCACGAUGAACGCAUACCAAGACACGCUUUACGUACACGCGCAACGACAGUUCUAUCGUGACUGCACCAUCAUCGGAACAGUCGAUUUCAUCUUCGGUAACUCGGCUUCCGUUCUACAAAACUGCCGGAUUCUCCCUCGCCGGCCAAUGAAAGGACAGAAGAACACGAUCACAGCUCAAGGACGGACUGAUCCGAACCAGAACACUGGAAUUUCGAUACACCGUUGCGAUAUCUCUCCGCAUGGUGACCUAACCGGUGUUCAAACGUUUUUAGGUCGACCGUGGAAAAACUACUCGACGACGGUGAUAAUGGAGUCGUUUAUGCAUGGUUUUAUUGACCGGAAAGGUUGGUUGCCGUGGACUGGAGAUUCUGCACCGAAGACGAUAUUUUACGGUGAGUAUAAGAAUACCGGAGCAGGAGCUUCGACGAAGAAUAGGGUUAAGUGGAAGGGAUUGAGGUAUCUUAGUACAAAGGAAGCGAAUAGGUUUACGGUUAAACCGUUUAUCGACGGGGACAGAUGGCUUCCGGCGACGAAAGUUCCCUACAGGUCCGGUCUCUGA